CAAAAAGAAGAAGAAGAAGAACUGCACAAUGACAUGUGUUCUGUACAGCAGAUGUAUUUUUAUAUCACAAGUUUCACAUUAAAACUCGAGGGAAGAUGAGCUGCAUGCAGGGGCUGAGAGUUCUGCCACCGGAUGUCAUGGACUGGGACACGCAGCGGUGUCGCAUGGGCCCGGAUCUCAUGUCCAGGUUAGGAAUGCGGGUGGGCUCUCCUGUCCUCAUCGGGGUUCGGCAGGGGUCUUGCCUCUGCACCGCAUGGCCACGCCGAGACCUCGCCGAGGGUUACCUACAGAUCAGCAAACAGUGCGCAACUCCAGACCUUAGUACACAAACACUUAACGGACUGACGGUGGACCCGGCGCACAUCAAACCCCUCAGCUGCACCAAACUCACUUGCGUCGGCUUGAAAGUCUUUGUCAGAAGUCUGAAAUACAAGAGGAACGUUUGCGAGCUUUUACACGAACUGCUGAUCGGCCUCUACCUUCACGAGGGUCAUUUAGUAGACCUGUCUGGUGCAAAAACUGACAUCAAGUUUGUCCUGGUUGAGAAGGUUAACUCGGGCUCACACCCUGCCGGUCUUGUUACAGACAGAACUCGUCUGGACGUGAGCGCGGUACAGAGUGCCAAACACCUGCUGACUCAGAGGCAGGUCCCAGAUCAGUCUCUGGGCGGCCUCGGUGAAGUUUACGAGUCGUUGAAGGAGAUGAUCGUCUUUCCUCUGCGAUACCCGGCCACUUUGCAUCAGCUCGGGCUGUCCUGCCCGCGGGGGCUGCUACUGAUCGGACCGCCCGGCGUCGGCAAGACCUUGCUGGUCCGCAGCGUGGCGAAAGACGUCGGGGCCAGUUUAGUGACCGUCAAUGGACCCGAAGUCGUGGGUUCUCGACCUGGCGAAAGCGAAGAGAACCUGCGGCGGAUGUUCGAUCGGGCCCGUGAGGAGGCAGAGGAGGCUCCCUGCGUUCUGCUCAUAGAUGAGAUCGACUCGCUGUGUCCGAAGCGAACUGACAGCAGCGGCGCGCCGGAGAACCGGUUGGUGGCUCAGCUCCUCACGUUAAUGGACGGAAUCGGCAGCGAUGAUGGUUUUGUCAUCAUUGGAGUCACGAACCAGCCGGACGCUCUGGAUCCGGCGCUCAGGAGACCUGGACGGUUCGACAGAGAGGUGAUCAUCGGGGUGCCGCUCCUGAUGCACAGGCGCAGUAUUCUGGAGUGCACGUGUCGACAGAUGCCGCUCUCCGCUGACGUGGAUCUGAACUCCAUCGCUGAAAUGACGUGCGGAUACGUGGGAGCGGAUCUCAGUGCGCUCGGCAGAGAAGCGGCGCUGCAGGCCAUGCGACAGUCGCGGGCAGGAGUCAGUGAGCGCGUGGAGAUGCGACACUUCAUUGCAGCGUUGCGUCAGGUGCAGCCCUCGUGUCUCAGGAGCAGCAUAGGAGCGAUCGACUUUAAACCCAUCACCUGGGAGCAGAUUGGGGGACUCGAGGAGGUUAAACUCAAACUCAAACAGAGUAUCGAGUGGCCCAUGAGAUUUCCUGAAGCCUUUGUGCGGAUGGGCAUCUCUCGACCCCGGGGAGUUCUGCUGUACGGACCGCCAGGUUGUGCCAAGACCACGCUUGUGAAAGCAGCCGCCAGUUCAUCGCACUGCACUUUCCUGUCGGUCAGCGGGGCUGAGAUCUUUUCUCCUUAUGUGGGAGACUCUGAGAAAACCCUCACACAGUUGUUUGUCCAGGCACGAGCGUGCGCCCCCUCCAUUGUGUUCCUGGAUGAGAUUGACAGCAUGGUGGGUUCUCGAGCAGGCGACGGCUCCUCACACAGCGUACAGUCACAGGUUCUGUCGGUUCUUCUCAACGAGUUGGAUGGAGUUGGAUUUCGGAGCGUGGAGAGACGACGGAGCGGCAGCAGAAAAAUGCUUCAGUUAGAGGGGGGAAAUCAGGAGAUGAGCAGACGACAUCAGAUGGAGCUUCAGGAAGUUUGUAAUAAAGAUGUUUUGAUUGUGGCCGCCACUAAUAGACCUGAUGUUCUGGACAGUGCCUUGCUCAGACCCGGACGACUCGACCAGAUUAUAUACGUACCUCCUCCGGACCUCGAGGCCCGGCUGGCAGUACUGCGCGUCUGCACCGAACCUGUUCCUCUGGAUCCUGACGUGUGUUUGAAGGAUCUCGCUGAGCUAACAGAACGCUUCUCUGGAGCAGAUCUAGAAAACCUGUGUAAAGAGGCUGCUCUUACAGCCCUGCGUGAGGAUGGAUUCUCUGUUUCCUCUGUGAAACAUCAACACUUUCUGAAGACUCUUCAGAGUUUCACUCCAUCAUUAAGCCCUAAACAACUUCAGCAGAACAUCCAGUUGUCUCUGUGGUCCAAGCUCAGAUGUAGUGCAGUAGCUAUUGCAUCCUCAGUCGACCGGUUUGAGCGGUAUGCAAACUGAAUUGGAUCAAAAGAGGUGGGCAGUAUGGAAAUAAUGUAUUCCUUCACCAGCCUUUCGAAACACUUCAUUAUUACAGAGGUCAAAGCUACUGGGCGGUAGUCAUUUAAACAGAAAAAUGGGAGAUGUUUUUGACACAGGAAUGAUGGCUGAGGUUUUAUAACAAGAUGGCACAACAGCUUGAGACAAUGAGGUGUUCAAAAUAUCUGUGAAGACCUGUGUAAGUUGUCUUGACCAGGUAUACUGUCUGGACCUGCAGCUUUUCUAGGAUUAAUUUUCCUCAGGGUUUUAAAGACAUCCUCCGGGUCAAGGCUCAACACCCUUUCAUUGAGGUGAGAGACGGCCUUCACUGCUGGAAUAUUGUUCAGAGCAUCGAACCUGCCAAAGUAUUUAUUCAGGUCAUUCAAAAACUCAAUAUUGUCAUUACAGGACAGGGAAGUAGAUUUACAAUCUGCAGCAGACUGAAUUCCCUGCCAGAGUCGCCUGGUGUCUCUGUAGUCUGUAAAAUGAUCUUGGAUUUUUUGACCAUGGCCUUUUUUCGCCAGUCUGAUGGCCUUGUUCAAUUUUGCACGGGCAGACCUGAGGGCAUCCUCAUCGCCAGCUUUAAAAGCAGAGUUUCUUUCCUGGAUCGCACCUCAGCUGUCAUCCACGUUUUCUCAUUUGCUCUGACAGUAAUAUUCUUGGUGACACUAACAUCUUCCAUACAUUUAUAGC